AUCCAGUAACAAUGUUAGGAUAAGCAUGAUCAAUAAUCCCAGCCAAGAGAUAAGUUUUGAGAACACUCGGAUCUUCAGAGCAAUCUGGGCAGCUCUCCAAACACAGACUUCCAACUCUGCUAAGAAUUUCAUCACAAAAAUGGCCAAGGAGGAAACUGCAGAGGCCCUGGCCGCAGGAGCCAACAUUGAGGAGUUCUCUGUUGGGGGCAUGGAUUUCAGUCUUUUUAAAGAGGUCUUUGAGUCUUCCAGAAUGGAUUUCAUUUUGUCUCAUGCCAUGUACUGCAGGGAUGUUCUGAAGCUGAAGAAGGGACAGAGGGCAGUGAUCAGCAAUGGAAGGAUCAUUGGGCCACUGGAAGAUAGUGAGCUCUUUAAUCAAGACGAUUUCCACUUCUAGAGAAUAUCAUCUUGAAAACUUCAGGACAGAAAAUAAAAUCUCAUAUUCAGAGCUUCGGGUAGAAGAAGAUGUGGCAAGUGACUUGGUAAUGAAAGUGGAUGCGCUCCUGUCAGCUCAACCCAAAGGAGAUACGAGGAUUGAGUACCAAUUUUUUGAAGACAGACACAGUGCAAUUAAACUGAGGCCCAAAGAAGGGAGACGUACUUUGAUGUCGUGGCUGUCAUUGACCCGGUCACCAGAGAAGCACAGAGGCUUGCCCCAUUGCUCUUGGUUUUGACUCAACUGAUAAACAUGAAUCUAAGAGUAUUUAUGAACUGCCAAUCUAAACUCUCAGACAUGCCUUUAAAAAGGUAAAAAAUACUAUGUAACGAAAUAAUUGAAAAAAAAUUAUACCAAAUCCAAAAACUGGUACUAAAUGCUAAAGAAUCAAGUGGGUUUACAAGUAGAUGCGUCUUUGACAGACCAUUUACUUAAUGUUCAGUUAUAGCCAAUUUUUGCUUCAGUUGAAAGUUUUAAGAACAUAACGUGGGCACAGAAACAUCUAGGUAGGAUCAGACUAGGCUACUUGCACAUGUGCUUUCAUUUCAAAAGAACAGCAGUUUUCUUAAGUUGCAGUGUGUAUGUUAGAGGAAGCUGGCUUUUGUUCAUUUGCAUGCACCUUGAAAAAGUAGACCGGCUUCUCUGUGCACUGUCAUGAGCUUUCAAAUGGUCAUUUAUGACAGAAGCAGCAUAGUAAGAGUACUAGUGAUGCUUCUAGCGUACAUGUUGUGGCUAUGGGAAAUACCUUACAUGUAGGAAUGCUGUGCCUAUAGGUUAGAUUAUAAAUGGAUGCAAGUGCAAGUGACUAAAGGGAUUCUAGCUUCUACUCUUCAACUUCCAUGGAGAAAUGUUUAACUUAUUAUAUGUAGUGUCUUCAGGGCUAGCCCACGAACCCAUUCACCACUUAGGAGUCAGAUUUUAAGAGAAAAAUGAAUUCCAAAGAGAGAAAAGUACCUAGAAAAUGCUGUGACCCUGAUUGCAGUCACCCACUUGAAGGAAGGGCCUGUCCUGCAGUCCCACCUGUCUCACUUCUCUUUAUUAGCAGCACCCCCAAAGGCAUCACUAGGAUGAAAGAUGGUUGUGUAAAUUCUUUUCCUAAUCUGGAAUGGUACCCCUCCAAAGUCUAGUCUGUUGCUUACCUGUGUGGAUGCUUAUAAACUGAAGGAUUGUGAUUGCAUAGAAAAAAAAUCUGACAUUAAUCUUUCCA